AUGGACGAUAGCGAAACGUCUGUGACGGACUUGUCCGUUUCACCCGAAUCGGCUGCAAUAGCCGUGGGUGGUGGUGGGGUAGGAGGUGUACAAAUAUGUCCGGCAUUGGUGCUAGGAAGCUCACAGGCCCUUCCUGGAGCUGCAAAGCACAUUUAUAGUCGAUUAGCUGCGAAUGCCGCUGAAGUAGAUGAAGGCAUGCCUAGCCUCAUCAUAAGUCUUGUCUCUAAUGGGAACCAACUAUCAGAGAAGGUAAUCUCAAGUUACAGGCUAAGUUUACUACAAAAUAUCUUUUCUCCCGCAAUAGAAAGAGAUGUUGAAGUUCUACAUGUGAUAGUGAACUCUACGGCUGUUACGGCUCGUGAAGAAAGCCGAAUGAUGGUCGAUGCAUCCUUGAAUACUUUGUUGAUCCUGCUGAGAAAUUUGGAACCAGAGGAGGAAUCCAUAUUUCGAGCGAAUGCGGUUGUGAGAUUAGCGCAUCCACCUCCAGCCCUUCUGAUCGGUGUCCCAUCGGAAAAUAUUACAUCUGGCUCUACAUCUUCCGGAGCAGCUCCGCCUAUCCUAUUGUCUCCAUCCAAUGACAGGCGGCCUUUACCUGCUGUUGUUUUCGCUGGUGCAUCAUUAACAGCACUCCAAGAACUCCUUAUCUACGUUGAGAAUGGUUUCCCCAUCAUAGUCCUCCAGGAUAGUUGCGAACUAUGCGUAGUGCUACACAGCGCUUAUCUGCUUUAUCGCUCACCACAAUUCGACCAUUCAAAAUUUGUGAAUUGGCUUGAAGAGCAGUUGGACGCUGUGUUAAUGGAAGACGUUGUGCAAACCUCACAGAUUGUCGUAAAGAUAUUUGCAACGGCUUUUGGUGACAAUCAGCUGAUUGAGUUCUUGGAC